UUCACUUGUAAUAAAACAAAUCAAAAAGAGAUACUCUUUUUUAGACCAAACUUAUAUUUUCAACAAAUGUUUGCUUUAAGAAAGUUAUCAACUUCUUUGCAUAAGAAUGUUGCUCAACCAGUCUUACGUUGCCGCAAAAAUCUUUCAAGCACUUCCCUAAUUCGUACUGCUGUUGUACCACAAUACAAGUUAUCCAAACGCUUUCUCUCAAAUACUUCUGCUGAAGAGCAACCCAAUGCUGAAGAGCAACCCAAUGCUGAAGAGCAACCCAAUGCUGAACCUACAGCAGCAACAAGCGACCACCAUGCUGUUGUAUCCACUUUCGAUCUGUUCUCUAUUGGUGUCGGACCUUCUUCAUCUCAUACUGUUGGUCCCAUGCGUGCUGCAAAGAUUUUCAUUACGGACUUGAAGGAUCACAACGUUCUAGACAAAGUCUCAACACUUCGAGUAGAUAUGUUCGGAUCACUAGCUUUGACAGGUGUUGGCCAUGGUACACCAGAAGCUAUUCUUAUGGGCAUUGAAGGUGAAAGCCCUGAUAAAGUAGAGACUAGCACAAUUCGAUCUCGUGUGAAAGACAUUCAAACAAACAAAUCAAUUCGCUUAGAUGGAACUCAUCGCAUCACUUUUGAUUAUGAUAAGGAUAUGGUCUUCAAUUAUUUUAAGACAUUACCACAACACCCUAAUGGUCUUCGUUUUUGCGCUUAUGACAAGGAUGCUAAUAUGGUUGCUACAAAUGAAUAUUUCAGUAUUGGUGGUGGUUUUGUAGUCAAUGCUGAAACUCAGUUGGAUCAUGGUGAAAAUGUAUACUAUAAACAAAUCAAAAAAGAUGCUGUUGUUGCUGAGCGUCGUGAACAAGAUAUCGCUGUUGUUUCUUUGCCUUUCAAGAACUCAGAAGAAUUGAUUGCUGUUUGUAAGCGUGAAAAUAUGACAAUUGCUCAGGUCGUGUUUGAAAAUGAAUUAAAAUGGAGUACACCUCAAGAAAUUAGAGAGAAGCUCUUAAGAAUCUGGAACACAAUGGAUGACAGUAUUCGUAAUGGUGUGAUGGCUUCACCAGACGAUUACUUGCCUGGCAGUCUCCGCGUAAAACGUCGUGCUCCUAGACUAUAUAACAAACUCUUGAAGGGUUUAUAUGGCGGUUCUUUGAACUCAACAGGUGGAUACAGCCAUUCACAUAUACCUGCAGGUAGAAAUGAUGAGACCACAGCGGUAUCCGAUCCUUCUCCUGAACUGAACAAUACCCAGUAUCCUCUGGCUCUUACUUACUUGCCUAAAAAACCUAGAAAGAAGUUUGUCUUGCCUGCCCUUGAUUAUCUUUCUGUAUAUGCUAUUGCCGUCAACGAGGAAAAUGCUUGUGGUGGUCGUGUUGUUACAGCUCCUACUAAUGGUGCUGCUGGUACAAUUCCCUCUGUACUCAAGUAUUAUCUCGAAUUCAUUUCAGAAAACCCAGAAAAGGAUGUCAUGGAAUUUUUGUUAACAACUUCCGCUAUUGGUAUGCUGUUUAAACGUGGUGCUAGUAUUUCAGCUGCUGAAGUAGGCUGUCAAGGUGAAGUAGGUGUCGCCUGUUCAAUGGCUGCUGCUGGUUUUACUGCUGUGAUGGGUGGUACGGUAGAACAAGUCGAAAAUGCAGCUGAAAUUGGUAUGGAACAUAACUUGGGCUUGACUUGCGAUCCUAUCGCAGGUCUUGUUCAAGUUCCUUGUAUUGAGCGUAAUGCUUUGGCUGCUGUCAAAGCUAUUGCUGCAGCUCAAUUGGCAUUGAAUGGUGAGGGAGACCACCGCGUGUCACUUGACCAAGUCAUUGAAACCAUGCGUCAAACGGGUGUAGAUAUGAUGUCUAAAUAUAAGGAAACCAGUCAAGGUGGUUUGGCUGUGAAUGUUCCUUUGUGUUAAAUAGAAAGAAAGUAAUCAUUUUCGAACGUCAUUUUCAUUCAUAUAUAUAUAUAUAUAUAUAUAUCAUGUUUUUCUUUAUACAUUUUCUUCUUUGACUGUCGAAAUAGACCACUCGAACGCGG